AUGAGCCUUGAACCGAGUGGCCUUCCAAGAUCCUCUUCGCCCGCCAGCUCUGAAGCAUCUUUACCCAAGCCUCCGAACCGAUUACAUGAAGAUGCGGAUGGCUUGAAGAAGGAUAAAAGCUACCGUCGCUAUGCUGCCAAUGUCGACCGCGCCCUCUCUCUUUUCGAUACUGCGUUGCAGGAAUGGGCGGAUUACAUCUCAUUCCUCAGCCGGCUGUUGAAGGCGCUUCAAACACAUCCGCCAACGUUGUACCUUGUCCCGAAUAAGCUGCUUGUUGCAAAGAGGCUUGCUCAAUGUCUAAACCCGUCACUGCCAUCUGGAGUUCACCAGAAGGCCUUGGAGGUGUAUGGGUAUAUAUUUGGACUCCUAAGAUCUGAUGGCCUAGCCCGAGACCUGGCUAUAUACCUUCCUGGAAUUGCUCCCACAUUGUCCUUCGCAUCACUUUCGGUCCGCCCGCUAUUUCUAUCCCUCAUAGAGAAUCAUAUCCUACAGCUUAAUCCUACCGCCUUACGCUCUGCCGUUAAAUCGAUAAUCCUGGCACUUCUCCCUGGCCUAGAAGACGAGACAAGUGAGGACUUUGAAGAAACACUCAAGCUGGUGGACAAGCUCCGUGAUGUGUCCAGCGCCGCUGGGGAUGACUCCGGUGCGGCUGCAGGAAGCCAGUACUUUUGGCAGUGUUUAUUUCUUGCAUCCGUUACAAACCCAUCGCGGAGAGUAGGGGCUCUUGCAUAUUUAAAUCGUAACCUACCGAAGCUUGGUGGCAGAAUACCAUCAGAAGAGUUACUAAAAGAGUCCGAGGAUGUCGACAUUAGAGAAGAUACAACUCAAGACUUGUCAGGUGCCAUCGAAAGUAUCACGUCUCCUGAGCCGGGCCUGCUAAUUCGAUGUUUUGCAACUGGGUUGGCGGAUGAGCAAGUUCUUAUACAACGAAACUUCUUGGAUCUACUCGUUUCCCACCUUCCUUUACAUUCCCCCGUUCUCCAGCAACGAAUAACUGCCGGGGACCUGGAGCUUCUCGUCGGCGCUGCCGCUGGAGUUGUUAUUCGGAGGGACAUGAGCCUCAAUCGUCGACUAUGGGCUUGGCUCUUGGGACCUGAUUUUGAUAAAUCUUCUCAUGCGAAUGAUGCCGGAGUAGACACUUCAGUAUCCGCCAGUGCUGCUGCAAUAGCUACCUUUGAUAAUGAUAGCUCAAAGUCCUAUUACUUUGAACGAUUCGGCCUAAAGCCACUUGUCAGCAGCAUUAGAGCUAUGCUUGCGAAGAAUUCUUCCAACCCGCAUGAGAGAGCUAGGCCAUAUCGCGUAUCCUUAUCCCUUAUGGAUCGAUGGGAGGUUGGUGGUUUGGUAGUUCCUGAAGUUUUCCUGCCCGUCAUUCGCAGCACUCAAAAAUACAAACAGAUCGCCACCUCAAAAUCGAAUUUUGACGAGGUAUUUCGAAGUGCUAGUGCGUUCUUAGACGGAGUAGAAAGUAAUCUGAUCUUCUCGGAGCUCGUUGGCCUUGUCCUCUCGCCUCGUUCGAGUACAUCACGGCCGAAUCGCAUGAUUGAAGACUUACGCUUAGCGACUUUUAUGUUGUCUCAUUUCAAUAUGAAGGAAGAGGAGAUGCUAAUCACGCAUAUACCCUUAUUGAUCUUGUCACUGCUCCUUAAAACAAAGACACUCUGCGCAUCUGGCGCAUGGAAUGAACCGGGAUACUCAACUGUAGCAAACACUGCUCUUGAUGAAAUAGGGGCAAUUAUCAACCUGCUCCUCCGUCUCGUCCCUGAAAGAGCCUUUUCACCUCGUGCAGAGAAAAUGCAGGAUUCAGGAGCGGAUAGCUCCAUUACGUCGAUGAAUCAUGAGCAUAUAACGAAUGUAAUUCUUAACUUCUAUUCUCGAAGUAAGGAUACACUCCGACUUCCAGAACCUCCUUUCUCGCCAACGGGGGUUGCAACCAUUAUUCUCGGUGAAGCUCAAUCUCUAGUUCUGCUUGCCUUAGAGUCUGAUACUCAAGCUGUGUUUCUUAGAGAAAGGGUCAAUCAGUUUGUCGCUCUACUCAAUAAGACGCAAAAGACAGAGCUUCCACAAGGAAAGCUGUAUAAAACAAUUGAGCAAAAGAUUACUACAGCAAAUGAUGACAAUAGGGCUCUCCCAAUGCCGGUCGUUAAUUCAAUAGUAUUCGCUCUUACUUCCUUGUAUUCCGCCAAAAAGACUAGCAGCUAUAUCACCUAUGAGCGGCUGAGUGAUUUAAUUCCGGCUCUAGUCCAACAAUUAUGGGGGUUUCUGGAGCCAGCAAACCUGAGAUUUCAUGUUGAAGCUGCUUCAUGUCUAUGGCUUCUGCACUCGGCUAGCUGGCGAGACCACCUUGUGGAAGCUGCUGUAACAUCAGUCAUGGUCUCCUCAUCUAGUUCGUCCCAUCAGGCGUCUCUUAACCAGGCUGAGAAGUUUUUUGUUCUCUGGAAUCAUAGCCACCAUUCUAACACAGAUUCAUUCGCGCUACGCACUACCGGCGAUGAUGGCCCAAAUAUGAAAACGGUAUAUCGUGCGAAAUUACUUAGCCAGCCACUGUUCAUUGUGCUGGAUCUCCUAUCCUGUAGAUCAGAGGAAGCCUCCAUUGCGGUCAAAGACUGGCUUCGUGAUCUUCCAUCCAUAUAUGAUCCCGCCGGAUGGUCGUUGAUAUUAUCAAAUACUGCCUCUCAGCCACCAAGAACUAAAUCUGUUCCCUUUGAUGUAGAAGAGAACAAAGGAGAUGUCACCAUUCAGACCGAAAUCUCACAGAUAUGCUUCCAUGCACUCCAUGGUGUCCAAAACGUUCCAGAAAGCCUCCAUGUCCAACAGGGUCAAAUCAGGAAGGAGGCGCUAUCACUUUUACGCCUACUCUUGUGCAGCACUGGGGCAGAUAAAUUACUAUCUUUAGAUAUUGACUCUUACCUUCUCGAUCAUCUAUCUAUUGCCUUAGAUGAAGGAAAGGUCGAGCACCAAUCCUCUAUAAUAGAUGCUCUAAUUCCAGUUCUCAAAAUCCGAUAUGCACACCACGUAUCAGAAAUCUCAGCAGCUGCGUCUCAUAGGUUUCAGAGGAAAGGAUCGUUCGACAUUUCCCGAAUUUCAUUCACCGCCGACAGGGCUGACAAGAACCAAGUGAAUCAAGCUCUACUUCAACCAUCUUCGAAGCUUCUAGACUGCCUCCUAAAAGGUAUUAGCUCGAAACUAUCCCGACCCAUUAUCGACAAAUGGGUAAAUUUUCUAGCAGAAUGUUUACCCCUUUACUAUAUGUCAAUUUUCAAGGUUCUCCUUGCACUUGUGGAGUGCUUCUGCAAGGAGAUAAGUGCUUCGUUUAACGAUCUUCAAAGAACGUUUCAGAAAAUACCGGAGGGGUCGUCUAGCUGUUCACCUGAACAUACUACUAUAGCGUUAUUGAGUGGUUUAGAAAAUUGCAUCUCAACUGCUCACGACCGUCUUCAAGUUGAGGAGGUAAACACUGCUAGCACAAAAUCACCAGAUCAGCCUCAAGGGUUUUUUGGCAACAUCUUCGCAACCGAAGGCAACCAAGCUCAACCCUCCAACGGCAGGAACACUAGACUUACAGUCCUCCUAUGUUUUCAGGAUGCUGUGCAGUUAUGCUAUUCAAUCUGGGCCUGGGGAGCUGGUGGGCGAGGGAAAUCGUCUCGGGACAAUGACUCGGUUGCCUCGUUUCAAUAUACAUCACUAAGGAUGAGGAACAGGGCUAGAAGGAUACUGGAGCACCUCUUCGCUGCAGAAGCACUUGAAUGUCUUGAGACGUUAAUCCAACUAUGGCGUACCUCCAUAGCUUUGGACGAGCCUGCCAAAAGCAGAGCAAUCUUUAGCCUUUUGCAUACCCUAGAUGGGUCAAAGCCCAAAGUCACAAUUCCUGCCAUUUUCAACGCCAUAUACAGCCGUACCAGCCCCGCUGCUCUGGAACCAAGCCGCAAAUCAUCAAUGUCUUCAGAGUUAUCGGAGGCCGACCUUGCCGCUUUUCUAGUUAUGUACGCAAAGUCGUUAGAUGAUGACUUCUUGGAUGACAUUUGGGGUGACUGUAUCACUUUCUUGAAGGAUGUUCUCACAAAUCCAUUCCCACAUCGCCAGAUCCUACCUCGUCUACUGGAAUUUGCUGUCGUACUUGGAGGCAAGAUGGAGAAUACAACUUUUGGAGAUGAUAGACGAACCAGAAAGGAGUUAGGGGACCUAAUAUUGCGCCUUCUACCUGCUAUUUUCACAAGCAAACCGUUAUCUAGUACCCACGAACCACCCGCGCCCCGGAACCAAGAGUCAGACCAAUCAAGCUCCUCACUUUUGCAACGAAUUGGGCCGGAUGAUGUAACAGGAAUCCUUGCCAUGACCCUGCCUGCACUAACUGCCACUCUUGAUGAACCCGAUAGGAUAUCCAACGCAUUAUCAAGCAUAUCAACGAAUAUCAUAUCUCCCACAUUCCACUCACGCCUAUUCCCAUCUAAUGUGGAUAAGAACACCCUCGACCUUCUGCAACAGAUAUCGAGGGUGCAAGGGGCAGCCAAAAUCUGGAAGAAGGAUGUAGGCGACGCGUUCAACGACAGUAAAUUUUUUGGAUUUAAACUUAGCCUUGUGAAGAGCCAUUGGAUACGCCUCUUCCGCCAGUGGGUUUUGACAGAUACAGAACGUCUUACUGAAUUACUCUCCCGCCUCACGCCCCCUACAUCCGCUGGUAUAAUGUGUGGCGUUGGUGCGAGCGCUGCCCGACUAGAGGCGGACCGUAAAGCACAGCUGAACCUACGCAGGAUUGCGCUGUUGAUCAUUGCAUCCGAUGAAAACCAUUUUAGCGCUGAGUUAACCGAGCUCCAACAAAAAUUAGAAGACCUCCUUACCGCCACCCAUGUAUCUUCUCCAUCAUCCGUGACUAGAGCAGAGAUAUAUAUGGUUCUGAGGUCUCUGAUUCUCAAAACAGGGUCCAUCAGCCUCGCCCCUUUUUGGCCCAUGAUAAAUACCGAGCUUCAAGAUGCGAUAUCCGCCAUUGCUCCAGACCAAGAUAACGAGACUUAUAGCCCCUAUUCACUUCUUCAAGCCUCAAAGCUUUUGGAAACUCUGCUUUUGGUUUCACCGGAUGAUUUCCAAUUACAGGAAUGGCUUUUUGUUACUGAUACAAUAGAUGUUGUCUACCCGCCGAAUCGAUGGGAGUCAGCAGCUCUUGCAGACGAGAUCUCCCGUUCUCUGGGAAAGAGUAAAAGCCCUCACAGUGAACAUUCAGCCUCUGCUCAAGAAAUGAAUGGUUACGAUGGUGACGAGGAAAGUGCCGGCACAGAGUCUAGCAAGAAGGAUGGGUAUAAAAAGGCCUUGCUUAACUCUGAUCUCAGCAGGGAAACAGCUAAGGAUGAGAUUGUGGAAAAGCUGUUACGGCCUUUCUUUGACCGACUGAGUAUUCAUUCUUUCGAAACCAUGUAUAGUAUGGGUGUGCCAGGCAUCACGGCUUGCACAGAUGAUCUCCUCACUGAUUUGUUCAACGAGUUCACCAUAGAACAAAACUCGAGGAGCGCCCAAGGAUAG